AUGGACUGGUUGAGUUUUCGUAUCAGGAGCAAUGCAAUUCGUGGUGCAACUCCGAGUCAAUCCUGGCUGGAGAUUCAAUUCGGUGCCGGGUCCCUCUGGCAACCGAAAGAAUCAGACCUUCCAGCAGCCCUCACAGAAAAACUGUCACGAGAAUUCCUUCUAAAUGUCGGCUUUCCUUCUAUUAAACUCUGCCGCGCAGGUUUUGAGUCUGUCCAUCUAUCAAAAUAUGCAGAUGAGGGCAAGAAAUUACAUGAGUUCGAUAGCGAUGACCUUUAUGGGCGACGGGUCCCUGAAAACCCACAACCUCCACCAACCAAUUUUAGUUUCCAUUUUGGGGACAUGGAUAACUAUAUGGUCAUGCUGGAUAAUGAAAGCGGACUUGUAUCACUUUAUGACCCGGACGGUUGGGACCAUGCAAAGGGUUAUCUUGGUCGAGUCGCAUUUUCGCUGGAUAAUUUGGCAGUGCUGUUGGGAAUGGUAGCGGCCGUAACUAAAGAUUUACGUGAACCGCCAUCAGAUGAUGUGACCUGGGAGGAAAUGGAGCGGCGUGUCGAGAUACUUAAGCGCCCUCUUGACAUACUGCGGAAGAAAUUGGAGGAGUAUGAUGACUGCAUACAUGACGACUCGGUCUUUUGGAAUGAGCUGUUCUCGCAUUUGCUAGACGAUAUGGACAUUCGGAAUUAA